CUCUAAAGGUCUGCCCCUUGUCUUUAAGAUGUAGGAUGAGCCUGUAAGCUUGUGCUCAGGGGAAAAAAAGCAACCAUGCCGUGUACCUGUGCGGAGUGGAGGAGAUGGAUCCGUCCUCUGGUUCUGGUUCUGUAUGCACUACUGCUGGUGGCCGUGGUGCCGCUGUGCAUCUGGGAGCUCCAGAAGGACAAGGUUGGGACUCACAGUAAAGCCUGGUUCAUAGCCGGCGUGUUCGUGUUCCUCACCAUCCCCAUUUCACUGUGGGAUAUCCUGCAGCACAUGGUGCACUACACCCAGCCUGAGCUGCAGAAACCCAUCAUCAGGAUCCUGUGGAUGGUGCCGAUCUACAGCUUGGACAGUUGGCUGGCCCUGCGGUACCCCAGCCUGGCCAUCUACGUGGACACGUGCAGGGAGUGCUACGAGGCCUACGUCAUCUACAACUUCCUGGUGUUCCUGCUCAACUUCCUGAGCAAUCAGUACCCGAGCCUGGUGCUGAUGCUGGAGGUGCAGCAGCAGCAGCCGCACCUGCCUCCGCUGUGCUGCUGCCCGCCGUGGCCAAUGGGAGAGGUGCUGCUGUUUAGGUGCAAGCUGGGAGUCCUUCAGUACACCGUGGUCCGACCCGUCACCACAGUUAUAGCACUUAUCUGUCAGCUCUGUGGAGUUUAUGACGAAGCCAAUUUCAGCUUCAAAAGCGCCUGGUCCUACCUGGUUAUCGUCAACAACAUAUCACAGCUGUUUGCCAUGUACUGCCUGGUCCUGCUUUAUCGAGCCCUCAGAGACGAGCUGACUCCCAUCAGGCCCGUGGGAAAGUUCCUCUGCGUCAAACUGGUGGUGUUUGUCUCGUUCUGGCAGGCAGUUUUUAUAGCCUUCCUGGUGAAAGUGGGUGUGAUCUCUGACAAACACACGUGGGACUGGGACAGCGUGGAGGCUGUAGCUACUGGACUGCAGGACUUCAUCAUCUGCAUAGAGAUGUUCCUGGCUGCCAUUGCUCACCACUACACCUUUACCUACAGACCCUAUGUUCAGGAGGCAGAAGAGGGCUCCUGUUUUGACAGUUUUUUGGCCAUGUGGGAUUUUUCCGACAUCCGAGCCGACGUCACGGAGCAGGUCCGACACGUCGGUCGUACUUUUCUGGGACGUCCCAACAAGAUGUACUUUGGGGCGGCAGCUCGACCCGAGCACACCGAACACACCGGCCUGCUGAACUCCGCCUCCCAGGAUCCCAUCAUCGCCGCAGCCACGUCUAUGCCCUCCUCCCCUUCUUCUAUCGGGCGCUACCAAGGCCUCGGUCACACGUCCGCCCCUCACUCAAUCUCCGCCCCCGCAGGCUUCACAUCCUCGUCCUGGGAGGACGACAGCGACUGUACUCCUCCGCAGCCGGGGAUUGAACAAUAACGGGAUGGAAACACUGUCAGACAUCAUAUUAAACUCUACACAUUUAUGAUAGAGAACUAAAACACAGUGAACAGAAUUUUUAUUCGGGUACUGGUAUCAUUUUAAAGUAAACUCAGAUGUAAAUGUUUAAAAUCUGUAUUUUGCCGUCAGAUGGUGUAAUUUUGAUAAAUGUGUCCGAUGGACUGAAGAAGGGAAUGUUGUCUUGGUUUUGUGCUCCCAGUGUUACUGGUGUCAUUCAGAAAGCUUUAACUUUGUGUCCCGACUCACAAUAAAAACACCCAAAAUGAGCAGAA